AGAAACCAACCCCCAUGUACAAAAAAUACCAACUGCAAAAAUACCAGCAACUGGCAACAGCUGUUAGUUAGCUGUACUUAAGAAGAGGCGGCAGACAAAACCAAAACAAUGUCGCUGCUUGUGGAAACUACGCUUUGUUUUAUUUCAUUACUUACUGUAUUUAAUUAUGUUAUUUGUGCUACGGAAAAUGCUGCAAGUGGCGCGCGUGCAGCGACUUUUCACUUUCCGGAAUAUGCCUACAAGGAGACCAGCAAAAAUGAAGUAACCUAUCAUGACUAUGAGCUGGCUUGUAGCGAGAAUUUGAUGUGUAAGAAUAAUGCAAAUCUUGUGGCGAAAUUAAAUUGUUUAAGACGCUGCAUAUCGCCGUCGUGUUAUCAGGAUAUAUACGCGUUUAAUGAGCUGGAGGAGGGAGAGAUCGACGUACGCAUGAAUUCGUUUAAAGGCUGCGUUAUUCAGCGCAUAUAGCAUAAGGCGCCGUUUCUGCAACAAUUGUAUCUCUCGAACUACUUGCAGGAAUGGCAGUGGAAGUUCUCGGAGCUAAUGCAGCAAUGGUAUAGGACUGGCUGAUAUCUAUGUAUGAAUGCAGUGCUUUGAAUAGUAUUAAACUUAGCUCAUAAGCCAAAAAAAAGUAUUAUAUAAAUGUUAAACGUAAACGGAAAUA